ACGAUGAUUGCUCAGUUAUUGUCCAAGAUGGCGGAAGAAGAGGUCGAUACACGGCCUCUCUCUUGUCCAGCUGGACCCCUGAGCGACCGUAAACUAAGCGCUGAAAAGCUCCCAAACACAAGACCAUUCUCGAUGGGUGCAAUGGAAGAAGGAGGUGAAGAAGAAAUGUCAGAUGAACUUCUAGAAGAGAUUUUGAUCGAGCGUGCCAAAGACGGAGAUAGUCUUGCAAAAUUUCAACUUGGACAGUUUUACUUUGAGCGUGAAAUCUUCGAUAAAGCUUUAAUUGCUUUUGAAAGAAUCAAGAGCACAGAUUUUCAAGCAAAAUACCAACUUGGAGUAAUGUAUUAUGAUGGCAUUGGAACAAAGCCCAACCCGGAAAAAGGAUUUAAUUUCCUUAAAGAAAUUGCACAGUCCACCAGUCCUGAGGCAGCUCACCUCAUACCCUUUGCCCAGUAUAAUGUAGGCAGAGCUUAUUAUGAAGGGUUUGGCAUCAAACAGUCUGAUCUGGAAGCAGAGAGAUGGUUUCUUGAAGCAGCAAGAGAUGGUGAACCUACAGGCAGCAUAAAGGCUCAAACAGUAUUGGGUUUGUUCUACUCCAGACCUGGUGAAGACUCUUUUGACUUACAGAAGGCUUACUUUUGGCAUCAGGAAGCCACAGGUAAUGGGAGCCUGGAGUCACAAGGUGCAUUAGGUGUGAUGUAUGAAUAUGGUAUUGGUGUGCGGCGAGAUGGAGAAGCAGCCUUCAAGUGUCUCAAGGAGGCAGCAGCCAGAGGCAAUGUCUACGCCCAAGGAAACUUGGCUGUUCAUUAUUACAGGAGAAAACUGUUAAACAAGGCUGCAGAUGUAGCAAAAAGUGUGGGAGAGCAAGAGGACAUCGAAGGUCUUGCUCUUGAGACAGAUUGUCUACCUCGCUAUGUAGCUAAAGGAAUCGCUUUGGGAUGUUUUGUUUUUGCGCGUUGUUUGCAUCAUGGGUUAGGAGUGGAGAAAAAUAGAGAGCAAGCAAAGAGAUGGUAUAGCAGGGCCAGUGCCUUUGAUCUCGACGUCGUGGCCAGACUGCAAGACGACAUGACCUAUGGUUACAUAUGACGUUUCCUCAUCAAAACGUACAGACGUGUUGCAAUGGCUUACAAAAUGUUAUCUUCAGCGGUUUAAUACAACCAGUUAUCUGUCUCACAGAAAACAUUCCUUGUGUCGAGGUUUUGUAAUCAUCUACUAAGAAUGGAAUAUCAUGUCUCUAAAUGUACAAACAAAUUCAUGACUGAACUGAACUUGAUUUUGCGUCUCUGGCUGAAGAUUUGCAUUUCUAUCUUUAAAGUGUGUUUCAUAUCAAUCAUGUAAAUUUAAUAUAUUCCUGCUUACUCAUUGAAGCUAAGCGAGCAGUUUUGAUUCCCCGUUUCUUUUAAAUCUCUUGUUAAUGAUAUUAACUUAUACCAACGAUGCCUCUGUAUAUAGCUGGCUGUAAAGAAAUGUGAAACAGCAUGUUUUAGAACUCUCAAUAGUCAAAUCUGAAAAAGGCCCUUUUUUGACCUCU